AAAUGACUUAUUUUCUUUGGCUUCAAAUUCUUGGACCUUAUCACCAAACAAUUCAAAGUUGUCUUGACAUGAGGAUGUAGUUAUCUACAAAACAAAGUACACAACAUAAGUUAUAAACCUACCAUCAGUCACAUUCUACCUACCACUCUCAUUCAACAAUCAUUUGAAGUUAGAUUCUAAGCAACUUGAAGCACACAAUCUUCAAAUCCCACUGCCAAAAAAAAAACCCCUGGACCAUACAUAUUCAUUGUAGAAGCUCAAUUCAGAACGUGAUUUCAUACAUACAAGUGAUAUGGAAAGGCAUGACACUUAGUUUGCGUGUUAUGCCAACUGCCAACUACUUGUCUGAGACAAUUUGUUUAUGCUUCUCGUUAAAAAGAAGAUACAACCCAUUAGAAAGCUCACCUUUUCAAUAUAUCUGCAAUGAGUACAAGUACACAAGUACAACAAACUCGUUAACCUAGUACUUCUAUAUAUAUCUUUUGCUAUGGAAAACAACAUCUCGAGGUUGAGGUAUAAAAAAGCGCAAAGCUUUCUGGUCCUUCUUUCUAGUUUUGUCUUCUAGAUUCCAGGGGACCAAUAUUCACAACUAUGUUGACCAAGAAAAUCUGUGUAGAGGUUUUGGAGUAAAGCAAAAGAAGUGGAAAGGCACAUGCCUUGUGCUUUAAGUUUAGAUGUGUUGAAAAAUAUGAGGUUUUCUUCAUUUACUUUUAAGCCAAGCCAAUACAAAACCCACAAAUGUCCUUAAUUAGUCCGCUUAUAAAUCCAAACAAUGUAUCAUCUACUACAAACCAAACAUGUUUGCAUAGAAUCUCAUUACUUAACUAUACAGAAAAAAAUCUUUCUCGUUGCGUUUUCUUAAAGAAUAAGAUGGAUAGGCUCUUCAUUUUUUCUCUCUUGGCUCUGUUAAUGGUAACCUCUUGUCGAGCUUCAGGAGAAACAGCUUAUAGGGAGCUUGAUAUUCUUGGAGAGCUUGAGAACCUUGAUGUACCUCAGGAUGAUAUUGACGAUGACGUGACGUUCUUUGAUUUCUCUUUGUUUACAAGCCAAUUUUCUGGUAAGAAUCUGGUGAAUGUAGAUAGCUUUGGUGCAGCUGGAGAUGGAGUUUCUGACGAUACUCAGGCAUUUGUAAGUGCAUGGAAGAUAGCCUGCUCUGCACCAAGAUCCGUGUUACUGGUUCCACAAGGACGUAGCUAUUUAGUAAACGCAACGAAAUUCAAUGGUCCAUGUCAAGAAAAUUUGAUUAUUCAGAUUGAUGGAACAAUCGUUGCACCAGAUGAUCCCAGCCAAUGGAACCCUAGAUUCCAAAGGGUUUGGCUCGAGUUUUCCAAACUCCAAGGAGUUAUUUUCCAAGGAAAUGGAGUCAUUGAUGGUUCUGGUACCAAAUGGUGGGCUGCUUCUUGCAAGAAGAACAAGUCAAACCCUUGCAUAGGUGCACCAACGGCACUAACUAUAGAAUCAAGUUCAAAUGUGUAUGUGAGAGGCCUAACAAUCCGGAACAGCCAACAGAUGCAUUUGAUCAUAGCUCGGUCAAACACUGUUAGAGUCUCUAGAGUUAUGGUCACAUCUCCAGGAGACAGUCCAAACACUGACGGAAUCCACAUUACUGCAUCAACUAAUGUUAUAGUCCAAGACUGUAAAAUCAGCACAGGAGAUGAUUGCGUCUCAAUUGUGAAUGCAAGCUCGAGGAUAAAGAUGAAGAAAAUAUACUGUGGACCAGGGCAUGGAAUCAGCAUUGGAAGCCUUGGAAGAGGAAACUCGACAGCAACUGUCUCAGCUAUUGUGUUAGACACUGCUGUCUUAAAGAACACAACUAAUGGUCUAAGAAUCAAGACAUGGCAGGGCGGUAAUGGUUACGUAAAGGGUGUACGUUUUGAGAACGUAGAGAUGCAUGACGUAGCGAAUCCCAUUAUAAUCGAUCAGUUCUACUGUGAUUCGCCAUCAACUUGUCAAAAUCAGACAUCAGCAGUUCACAUAACGGAGAUAAUGUACAGAAACAUAACCGGAACCACAAAAAGCAAAAACGCUAUCAAGUUUGCGUGCAGUGACGCAGUUCCUUGCAGCCACAUUGUUCUCAACAACGUCAAUUUGGAAGGCAAUGAUGGAAAAGUAGAAGCAUAUUGUAACUCAGCUGAAGGGUUUGGUUAUGGAGUGGUUCAUCCCUCUGCUGAUUGUCUGGAUUCACAUGACAAUAAGGGCUUGGACCCAACUCAGUAUUUGUCAGAAACUGUUUUGGUCGGUGAAGAUGCUAAAAAUGCUCACGACGAGCUUUAACAUAGCUGUACGCAUUUACCGUAGCACUAACAUAUAUUUAGCUUAUAAAUGAAGCAAAUACAAUGAGAUUGACAAGCAUUGUAGUAUUUGAUAUACAGCAAAUAAUCUAAUAUGUA